UAAGUUACCCCGGAUCCCACUGCCUGGCGCAACUCUGAGACUAUAAUAGAGCGCGCUCCACUUCAUCGUUAGUUGACGUCUAGAAACCAAGGUGUGUGGAACGUACAUCGAUAGGACUUGUCUUUUUUCUAAGAACUCGCACACCUGUAAACAUGACUGAUUUCCUGAUAGCCAAAUGGAGUAUCUGGUACAAGUCCCUGGACGUCAACCAUGACGGCAAAAUCUCCAUCGAGGAUGUGGAGGAAUCCCGCAACAAGUUCACCGAUCUUCACAAACUCGUCGGAGACAAGUGCAGUGGUGUGAAAGUCGAUAUGGAAAAAUGGUGGAAUACUUACAUCUUCCCCGAAAAGGGCGCUGAAAUUUCCGAAGACCAAUUUUUGGAACUUUUGGGAAAACAAUACUCAGAUGACAAAGAGGCUUUCGUGAAAAAAAUGACCGAUUGUUUCAACUCCAUCUUUGACGUCAUUGACACAAAUAAAGACAGGUCGAUCGAUUUGAAUGAAUUCAUCUAUGCUUUCGCGGCCUUUGGUCACGAAAACGAGGGGGUAGUCAAGAAAGCAUUCGCUCUUUUCAAGCCAACAGAGGAUACCGUACCGCUUCGCACCGUCGUCGACGCCUGGAUUUCCUUCGUAACAUGCGAAGAUGGAAGUAAGUGCGACAUUAUCAAAACUGCCUUUGAAAGUUAAUUAAGGUGAUACUUAACUGAUUUUUAAAAACAAUGAAAACCCAAAUUGUAAAAAGGACAAAAUCUGUUUACCUCUGUGCAAGGUCCCUGUUCGAGUUCAUGAGGACAACAAAGUCCGGAAACUUGUUUGGAUGGAUACCGUCUGUCCGACAGCGGUUUAUCAUACUGUAGGGACUUCCGGUCUGGAUAGGAUCACUUCCGGUUCAGUCAAUACACACCAAGGAUCGCUCCUAUAUGACAAUACGAGGUGUCGAUCGACUAAACGGUUGACUAUACGAACACGUCAACUGAAGAGUUCCAUGGAACAUUAAACAUCAGGGAGAUUUUUUUUACUAUACACAAAGCGCGCUUUUGUAAUAUAUGUGUUGCCAUUUAAUAUUGUUGGACAACUUCAUCAAACGAUAACUUUGUUUUAUAGAUAUAUUAAGAUAUAUUUAUUUUACGUCAGGCAAUCGACUCAUGUUACUUUACUUAUUUCCGUCUCAUUCCCACAAACGCUUGAUCCAUACGUUGGUCCAAUAAAUGUUACUACCUAAAA